UCUCUCCCAAUCCAGACAAAAGAGGACGGCGGAUCCGCGGCGGCGCGCGCUCAGCAUCAGAGCACCUUGAAGCACGGCGGGAUUGAUCCGACGCGCGAGGACGCACCGGCACGCAGACGCAGCCAGCACGCCCCUCCAGACCCACCUGAAGCCCACCCGGCCGCUUAAUUGUCCUUUUUCAAGGGCGAGAGGAGGCAGACCGAGCCCCGGUUUUAUUCCCAGCCAGAACACGGUGUUCCCAUGAUGUCAUACCUGUGGAUUCUGCUAAUAGGAAGCCUGCUGGCCACGAGCGCCACGGCUCAAGAUGACACAGCCCCAGCAGAGGAGGGAGCGGAUCCUGCGGCGCCAACCCCUGAACCAGAACCAGUCCCAGAGGCUGACGGAGAACCGGAGGCAGACACGGGCGCAGAGGAAGCAUCACCGGCAGACCCUGAGCCCGAUGCUGCCCCUGAAGCCAACGCCGAAGACCCAGCAGCUCCUGCAGAGGAGGAUGCAGCGCCAGACACUCCUGCAGAUGAUGGGGCUGAUGCCGACGCUCCUGCAGUAGAAGAUCCAGCGCCAGAGGCUGCCGAGGGAGCCGAGGCAGCAGACCCGCCUGCAGCCGAAGAGUCGGACCCCCCUGCGGCCGAAGAGACAGAUGCUCCCGCGGUCGAAGAGGCAGAUUCUCCUGCAGCCGAAGAGACAGGUACUCCUGCAGUCGAAGAGGCAGAUCAAGAUGCUCCUGCUGAGGAAGACCAGGCGCCAGAGACUUCAACUGACGCCAAAGUUGAACCAGCUCCUGCAUCAGACGCGCCAGAGACUGACCAACCAUCACCAGAUCCAGCUAAAGAGGAGAGUGAAGCUGAUGAUACGGCCCCGUCAGCAACAGACAACACCGAAGCAAAUAAAGAGGAAGAGCCCACUGAUCCAGCUGCAAAUGAGGAUACGUCAGUACCCGCAGUUGAAGAAAAAGCAGAAACGGAAGUCAAAAUAGAUGAUGUAGUGGAUGUACCGACAAUCAAAGAAGCUGCUGCUCCUGAAGUGAAUGAAGAUGCUGGGUUUGACUUGGCAGAUGCCCUCGGUGGUGGAGACGCCGCAGUUGCUGACCCACCGCAGCCAGGAAAGAGCCGCAGUUUUGGAGUAGCCGAAGUUGCUGCUGACGCUUCGGGCAGCGCAGCAGACGAUUCUCAACCCAAAGAGGGAAGUUCUGGCUCUUUAGCAGGAAUCCUGUCUGCAGUUGUUUUGUCUGCAGUGGGCGCAGUCAGCUCGUACUUCGCCUACCAGAAGAAGAAACUGUGCUUCAAGAACAGACAGGAAGCGGAUCCCGAGGCUGCACACAAAGCGGAUGCAGCAGAGGCUCAGGCCGAUCCUCAGGUCCUCAGCACCCUGUUGAACUCCUCCUAGACCAGCACCGAUCACCUGACUGCCUGGACCAACUACAGUCAAGCAAAGUGGCAAUCUCACUGUUAGCCUCUACCCUCUGUAGAGCUAAAUUACUGUGAGGCCCCCGAGUAGGGCUGUGUUUCUCUUUGACUGUGUGUGUGUGUGUGUGUCUGUUGGUCUUUAUGAGUGUGUGUGUAUGCGUGUGUGUGUGUGUGUGUGUGUGUGUGCGUCUGUGUCCGUGUGAGCGUUGGUGUGUGCGUAUAAUGAGUGUUCAUUCCUAUGUGUGCAUAUAUGUGUUGGGGGAAGAGUUACACAAAGAUCAAGUAAAAAUAUGUGAACUUUAGGGGUUUUAUGAUUGUUUCAAAAUAAGGAUUUAUAAAGUCAAACCAUAAAACUUUUUGAACCAAAAUCAGCAUUUUCUUUUUUUUUUCUCAGAAUGGCCAUCAAUGAGAUCAAAUCUCUAAUAAAUAGAACCAUAAAAUGGCUUAAUUAUAGAUCUAAUUAUAAUUUUUUUGUAUGGCUACGAAUCUCCUCUAAACAAAUUUAAUGUGAAUAUAAAUCAGUAAUCGAUGUUGAUGUUGUUGGUGUUUAACUUGUUAGUGAAGUGGAUUUUUUUUUUCCUUCCGAUUUCUGCCAUUCUUGGAUUCACCAGCGUGCUUUGGAAAGUCCAUUCAUGAGCAGCCGUUAAUAAAACUUUACUUUUUCUUUUUCGACGCAGUGUUCUGCAGUACAGAUUGCAGGUGAAAAGGAAAACAGGGGGCUUCAGUAACUACCACUGUAUUUUUGUGAAUUCUGACUAGAACCAGUAGAGUAGGGUUAGGAUCCUGGUGUUCUGGGGAUGCUGUUUUAUGGUCCCGUCUGUGUUUAGAGGGCCAACGAUGUCACUGUAUGCGUGUUUGUUUGUUUGUUUGUUUGUUUUAAACUGGUGGAAGGGGCUUAGUUUUAAAUCCUGUUACGUGACUACCACUUCUCCUCAGUCGGUGGAACUAAUCAUAUCUUCAUCAAAUCACACGUUCAUCGCCCGGUAAUAUGAAUCAGAUCAGCACGAACUAAUUGAAGACGUACCAGAUGCGUGGACUAAAUUUGCUGCAUUGAGUUGAAGUAAGGUCUGAUCCAAGCACGAUCCUGCAAACGGACGAAUGAUCAACUUCAAAAGAGGUCAUGUAGUGGCGUGUUAGACUUCGUUCUGAUAUAGUGUGUGUCGGUCUAGUUGUGAUGCAGUAAUUUCUUCUCGAUAGUGCCUUUCACUGACACAGCCUGGCUUGACCAAUCUGCAGACACACAGGGAAGGCAGCUGUGGCGUGAAAACAAGCGAACAACAUCCAAAAUAUGGGAGACUGAAUAUUAGGAAUGUAUGUUCCUUAUUAUUUUAUGAGCAAUCAUUUUGGUGGUGGAAAAUCAUUUUACACUGCAAAUACAAAAUGCAAAAUACAAAAAAAAAAAAGCAUUUUAAGUGAAUGUAACAGCAGUUUUAUGUGUGCUCACAGCGGGCCAGUCAUGAUUGUUGUACUUUUUUAUUGAACCAAUCCUGCGCUCCAGACUCUUGCUGCAUCCUCUGUUGAUUUCAGCUGUAAAUCUCUCCUCGUUGUGUGUCUCUUCUCUUGAGCAAGCCAGUUGCUGUCACGGUGGGUUUUUUUUUGUAUCAGUCAUAUCUCCACAAACACAAUUCACCUGUGACUUUUAUAUGAAUCCUUUUCCAUUUUAGCGGUGGUGCCUCAGAGCCGACACAGAUAGUCUUUAGUCAACCUGUUUUUUGCUGUGGUAUUUUGUGAUUAUUAUUGUGAAAUGCCUCAGAAGCAGCGCUACUGCUUUGUUUUGCCACUGUAGCACAAAAAUAUAUAAACUUCUGAAUGUCUUUUUUUUGUUGCCUUGAAGUUUUUGUACAUGCCCGGCUCCCUUUAAACUAUUGGAUACAGUAAUAGAGGUCGCAUUGUGCUGCAGUUCAUGUAAAUUGUGUUACUUGUAAAGCACCGUAUAGCUGCAAUACAGGACAGAGACUGUUGCUAACAGCCUAGCCUCAAGCUGAGUUAUAUUAAUAGUCUGUGAUGUCGCAUAUGGAUUGUUUCUACGCUACAAAACUGUGGGCUGGACACAGGGUCAAAGCUCUGCUGGAACUGCCUUCAUGUCCUGUAAUCUGUGAUUGACGAUAGAUAAGUUUCUCUUGAGACACGGAAUCACUGGGAUCGUGUGUCUGGCAUGGAGCGAUAAUGCACAAAAUACCCACUAAGUAAAAAGUACAAGCUUUCUGAAGUAGCCACUGAUGCCUUCAAAACAGAAAAUCCUCCUUUGAAUGCAGUACCCGCGCCCCUUUGUGCACUCUCGAGAGUGCAAUGGGAAUCAACAAAAGCACUCUGAUGUCCUGCGGCGCACAUUCAGAAAACCUGCUGGGACUGAUUUGAUGUAAAAGAAACCACGAGUAAAUGAAAACCCUGUGAAACGGAGCGCAGGCUGCUUGUGUCGUUAGCGUCGAGGUUCACUCUGAGUGUUGUCCCGUGCAGUCAGACUCCUUGUAAACACAAACUAUUGGAGCAGUAGCAUCCAAACCAGAAUGUAAACCUUGAGAAUUGUAGACCUAUUGGGCUCGGAAGUGCACUUCCCAGAUAAUGUUAGGGCAUCCAUCACGGCCCCGACCAGUCCUGCCUUAUCCCUUCUGCCCUCUUUGAAUACUCCUGAGAGGAAAACUGAGAACAACGAAAUCAUCUGACAGAAAGCGUCAAGCAACUCUGAAAGGGAGAAGCACUUUCCUAUCCUGUAUCUGUUCACAUCUUGAUUUAUCAAACAUAUUUAGACAAUUCAUUUUUGAUUUAGACGAGUGCAAGACCUUUCCUGUUAAUUUAAGUACUGUGUUGUUUUUUUUUUUUGUGUGUAGGAACUGUCCUCUUCAUUUUUGUCAUCUGGCACUUGUGUUUUUCUGGAGUUGUGUAAAUAAUGUUUGAGGAGUCAAUUAAACUGUUUUCGUGGGA